AUGGCUCUCCAAUCCUCGCUACUCCACGUCUCCGCCGUCGCGCUCCUCGUCCUCUUCUCCCUCCUCCUCAGCCACGGAGAGUCAGCAGCGACACCCUGCGUUUGUGUCACCCACGAUCAUGACAACCCGAUAGCAGAGUUGUUCCCGAACAACGCGACGGGUGUUUUGAACGCGACGCUGGCCAUCAUUCCGAUCCCGUUGGAGACGGCGCGAAGCCUAAUUCCACCCCAGUACGGCAUUCUCGAACGGGCUUACCGGGCCCUGCUCCCCAGUUUCCCCGAGGGGAUGUAUCCGGUGAUGGUGCAGGCGGCGCAUGACCACGAUAUCCAGUUUCUGGCCUACGGAAUCACCCUCGAAGACUUUUCGCGUGUUGGGUUCGAGUUUCCGUUUCUCGAUCUCACCGGGGACGGCUAUUCUUCUUUCCGCUGGGCACCGGCUCAGCUUAUCAGCGCCGCAAACGAGAUCGCCGUAGAAGGGUCACGAGCAUACGGCACCAUCGUUUCUCCAGCCAAGUAUGAGCCGGUGUGUGACGCGUACCGGGGUCUUCCCAAUGGGAACACGUAUUUCAGGGGCACCAGUCUGGCGUCCCCCGAGUUCGUUGAGCUGGAGAUGGCACGCGUUUCGCAUCAAACAUUGAAUCCUUACCCGGUGGAGUUCUUCAGGAACAUUACGAACCAGCCCACCUUUGCGAACGCUACGUCAUGCGACAACAUGAUCCGGCUAUUCAACACGACCAUGUCGGUCGGCGAGUACGCGCCUGUGCCCGUGCGUGGCAGGGUCAAAGCCCACACUCUCCCCUUCGGAGCCGAGAUGGAGUGGACGGAUAUCUAUGGCGUGCAGGUGGCGACGCCGUUCAUUGAGAACAACUACCUCGACUGCGAGACCAUGAGGGGGUACUCGGGAACCGGCGGGCCAGGCGACUCGUAUAUACCUGGACCUCCCUCGGAUGAUGCACUGUAA